CGCGGCGCCCCGGGGGACAGGGGGCGCGGGCGGGGGCCGCGGCGAAGGACCCGCGGGCCGCGGCGCUGGACACCUUACUUCCUGCUUCCCCGCCCGCGGCCAGACCCAGCUCUGCGGAGGGAUAUCUCUCCCCUCCUCUGUCCCUCUCUCUCCCUUCCCCCGCCUCCCCUCCUUUUUGCUUCUGCUCCCCCCGCACCACCCCGCCUUUCUCCUUUUGCAAGAAAAUAAUUUGACAGUCGAUUUGCUGACAGGGGAGGAAUUUGCAUCCUGGAUUAAAAAAAAAAAAGGCCGAGAGGAGCUUGGGAACGGUUGCUAGGGCUCUGCUCGCCCCCCCAUCUCACCCCCCAAGCGAAGACUGGUCUUGUCGGAUUGCCCAUGCACUUGUUGCAGAAACAGCCAAGGCCCCGGCUCUGGAGGAUGCUGAAAGAGGAAGACACGGAAGCAGGACGACCCUGAGAGAUUAAGCCUCUUAAUCGUGAAACAGAACUAGGCCUCCUCUUCCCACCUGCCCAGCAGCAUGAGAGCAGCAUGACUGGCCAGCUGCAGGAGAAGCCCCCAGAGCCAGGCCCCCAACUCAACCAUCUGCUGCGGAGGCCAAGGUGUGAGCAGUAUCUCUUCACCACGGUGGUGUUUGGUCCGUACCUCAGCCCGGGUGAGGAUGUAAAACCCCCCGCCCUGCACAUGCGUGGUAGAGGCCAACAGGAACACCUGGCUCCAGCCACAGUCAUGGACAUGUCAGCCGUGGAGUAGUGUGGACGCUUUCUCUCUGCUUCUCAGGGUUUCAGUCCUUUCGGGUUUGUGUCACUGAUCUUUUUUUAUGGUUUUGUGGCUGGACGUUCACGAUCAAGGCAGGCACCAUGGGGGAUCAGCAACUGUACAAGACCAAUCACGUGGCCCACAGUGGUGAGAACCUUUUCUACCAACAGCCACCACUUGGCGUCCACGGUGGGCUGAACCACAACUAUGGGAAUACAGUCCCCGGGGCUGGAAUGGAUGCCCCUCAGGCAUCACCCAUCUCCCCCCACUUCCCUCAAGACACUCGGGAUGGUCUGGGCUUGCCUGUCGGCUCCAAAACGCUUGGCCAAGUGGACUCCUCAAGGCAGGGAGGGUGGGCAGGCCAUGCAGGGCCUGGAAACCAUGUCCAGCUACGUGGCAACCUGACCAACUCGAACAUGACGUGGGGGUCUCCAGCCCAGGCGGAGCCCACCGAUGGCUACCAGUACACCUACUCCCAGGCCAGCGAGAUCCGGACCCAGAAGCUCACCAGCGGUGUCCUGCACAAGCUAGACUCUUUCACCCAGGUGUUUGCCAACCAAAACCUGCGAAUUCAGGUCAACAACAUGGCCCAGGUGCUGCACACCCAGUCAGCGGUGAUGGACGGAGCCCCUGAAAGCGCCCUCCGCCAGUUGCUGUCCCAGAAGCCCAUGGAGACCCCAGCACCGGCUCUCCCUUCCCGCUACCAGCAGGUGCCCCAGCAGCCUCACCCUGGUUUCACUGGCGGGCUGUCCAAACCAGCUCUUCAGGUUGGGCCGCACCCAAGCCAAGGGCACCCGUAUUAUGACUACCAGCAGCCACUGGCCCAGAUGCCAGUGCAGGGAGGACAGUCACUGCAGGCCCCCCAGAUGCUGUCCCAGCACAUGCAGCAGCUGCAGCAGCACCAGUAUUACCCGCAGCAGCAACAGCAGCAAGCCGGGCAGCCGCGGAUGUCAGUGCAAGAAAUGCAGCCGCAGCAGCAGCAGCAGAUUCGCCCAGCGCAGCCCCAGCAGCUGCAGCAGCGGCAGGGUUCGAUGCAGAUACCUCAGUAUUACCAGUCCUCACCCAUGAUGCAGCAUUUGCCAGAGUCGCGGCAGCCACAGAUGCACCUGCAGCCCCCUUCUUAUCACAGGGACCCCCACCAGUACACCCCGGAGCAGGCGCACGCUGUCCAGCUGAUUCAGCUGGGCUCCGUGCCCCAGUACUACUACCAGGAGCCCCAGCAGCCCUACGGCCACCCCAUGUACCAGCAGAGCCACCUGCCCCAGCACCAGCAGCCUGAGGACGGUCAGCCCAAGACUUAUCCAAGCGACAGGCAGGCCCAGGCCAUGCUGAGCUCCCACGGGGACCUGGGGCCUCCAGAUACAGGAAUGGGUGACCCGGCAAGCUCGGACCUGAACAGGGUCAGCAGUGCGCUCCCCCACCGGCCGCUCCUGUCCCCCAGUGGCAUCCACCUCAACAACAUGGGGCCUCAGCACCAGCAGCUGUCCCCCAGUGCCGUGUGGCCCCAGAUGCACCUACCUGAUGGCAGAGCCCAGCCAGGGUCCCCUGACUCAAGUGGCCAACCAAAAGGAGUGUUUGGGGAGCAGUUUGAUGCCAAGAACAAGCUGACAUGCUCCAUCUGCCUGAAGGAGUUCAAGAGUCUGCCUGCCCUGAACGGCCACAUGCGGUCCCAUGGGGGGAUGAGGGCCUCCCCCAGCCUCAAACAGGAGGAAGGAGAGAAGGCCCCGGCGCCUCCGCCUCAGCCGCCACUGCCGCCUCCGCCUCCGCCACCACCGCAGCUCCCACCCGAGGCAGAAAGCCUCACGCCUAUGGUCAUGCCCGUGUCUGUCCCUGUCAAGCUUCUCCCGCCCAAGCCCAGCUCUCAGGGCUUCGCCAACAGCGUCGCUGCCGCCCCCUCAGCCAGAGACAAGCCAGCCAGCUCGAUGUCGGACGACGAGAUGCCCGUGCUCGUGAGGAUGACCCUCUCUCCCCCACACUCACCCCAAGGGGCUGCCCCCCACCCGCCUGCUGAAAUUCCCAAGAAGCAACAGCCAGGCUUGGCCAAAGCCGAGGAAGCCCUCAAGACCGCGCCGGAGAAGAAGAAGUUCCGGCACCGGCCGGAGCCGCUCUUCAUCCCGCCGCCGCCCUCCUACACCCACAACCUCGCCGCCUCACACUCCGGCGCCACCCUGUACCAGAGCCAGCUGCGCUCCCCGCGCGUCCUGGGCGACCACCUGCUCCUCGACCCCUCCCACGAGCUGCCCCCCUACACGCCCCCGCCCAUGCUCAGCCCGGUGCGCCAGGGUUCGGGGCUCUUCAGCAACGUGCUCAUCUCCGGCCAUGGCGCCGGUGCGCAUCCGCAGCUGCCCCUCACGCCCCUGACGCCCACGCCUCGCGUGCUACUCUGCCGCCCCAAUAGCAUCGAUGGCAGCAACGUGACAGUCACCCCAGGGCCUGGAGAGCAGACCGUUGAUGUCGAACCACGCAUCAACAUUGGCUUGAGAUUCCAAGCGGAGAUCCCAGAACUCCAGGAUGUCUCUGCCCUGGCCCAGGACACACACAAGGCCACACUGGUAUGGAAGCCCUGGCCAGAGCUGGAAAACCACGACUUCCAGCAAAGAGUGGAGAAUCUCCUGAAUUUGUGCUGUUCAAGUGCGUUGCCAGGUGGAGGGACCAAUUCUGAAUUUGCUUUGCACUCUCUCUUCGAGGCCAAAGGUGAUGUGAUGGCUGCUCUGGAAAUGCUGCUGCUGCGGAAGCCAGUCAGGUUAAAAUGUCACCCUUUAGCAAAUUACCACUAUGCCGGUUCGGACAAGUGGACCUCCCUAGAAAGAAAACUGUUUAAUAAAGCACUAGCCACUUACAACAAAGACUUUAUUUUUGUACAGAAGAUGGUGAAGUCCAAGACAGUGGCUCAGUGUGUGGAGUACUACUACACGUGGAAAAAAAUCAUGAGGUUGGGGAGGAAACACCGGACACGGCUCUCGGAAAUCAUCGACGAUUGUGUGACGAGUGAAGAAGAUGAAGAGGUACAGGAGGAGGAGGAGGACCCAGAAGAAGACAGGAGAUCCACAAGAGAAGAGGAGAGUGAAUUGCCCAAGUCUCCAGAGCCACCACCAGGCCCGGUCCUGGCUUCCGCAGAGGGGCCGCCCCUGCAGGCCCUGGGCCAGCCCUCAGGCUCCUUCAUCUGUGAAAUGCCCAACUGUGGAGCUGACUGUAGAUGUCAUGUCACUCCCUUUCUUCCCCAGGUGUUCAGCUCCCGACAGGCACUGAACGGCCACGCCCGCAUCCACGGUGGCACCAACCAGGUGACCAAAGCUCGGGGUGCUGUACCCUCUGGAAAGCAGAAGCCUGGCAGUGCCCAGAGCGGGUACUGCUCAGUGAAGAGCUCACCCUCUCACAGCACCACCAGCGGCGAGACAGACCCCACCACCAUCUUCCCCUGCAAGGAGUGUGGCAAAGUCUUCUUCAAGAUCAAAAGCCGAAAUGCACACAUGAAAACUCACAGGCAGCAGGAGGAACAGCAGAGGCAGAAAGCCCAGAAGGCGGCUUUUGCAGCUGAAAUGGCAGCCACGAUUGAGAGGACUACGGGGCCGGUGGGGCCGCCGGGGCUGCUGCCCCUGGACCAGCUGAGCCUGAUCAAACCCAUCAAGGACGUGGACAUCCUCGACGACGACGUCGUCCAGCAGUUAGGAGGCGUCAUGGAAGAGGCCGAGGUCGUGGACACCGGUCUCCUCUUGGAUGAUCAAGAUUCAGUUUUGCUUCAGGGUGACACGGAACUCUAAAGCCCUGUGUGUCGCUUGGAGACAGCGAAAACCCACGGUCUCCAUCCUCAUUCAUCAGGAAAGCUGGACUGCCUGCUUGUUUUGUAACCAUUUUAAACUACCUGUUUAAAAAGUGGUCGUUUUUUUCAGGUUUAGAAAAAAAUCGGGCUUUUUUCCUUUUAUUUAAAAAUAAUUGUUUUGUGGGAGGUUGGGGGGGAAUAAAUAAUUGGCACAAUCCUACUUUAAGAUGUGUUUCAUCUGGGCUACAUUCCCAGGAAUGAACUCAUUCCUGGUUGGGAAUGAACCUGACGUUCAUGUUCUUUUGCUUUCAGAUGCCAACCAUCCUGGUUGCCUUUUAUCCCAAAGCUUGCGUGAGUGAGUGAGUGAGAGAGUCUGUGUGUGUGUGUGUGUGUGUGUGUGUGUGUGUGUGUAUGUGUGUGUGUGUGUAAAGCAGGCUACUUUCUUUGUGCUGGGGUCUUGGGCCAUCCUUUCUCACCAAAAGUCAUUUUUGUGCUGACCUCAUUCCGCAGUUCGCAGUGAACUUGGCGUCUUUGCCGGGAGACCAUGCUAGGAAGUAGCUUUCCAGUGAGCAAAGGCAGCCCUGUGUUCCACAGCUUUCUUCUAGCACACACGUCAUUUGAAGAGUUGACCAAACGUGAAAGUCAUUUUUCUCCCUGCCCUGCCUGUCACUCGGCCUGUUUCUGAAAACUGAGUGCUGUGUCAUUUCAGGCUUUCCCUCCCUGGCCGUGAUUUACUAAGAAGGUGAUUUCAUGGAGCAAGUGCGUCCUCUUCCCAGUUCCCUGAAGACCGGUUGACUCCAAUUCGUGGGUUAGCAGGAUCCCUUGGAUUUCCAAGAACUCAGAUCUUCUAAAUUUCACAUGCUUCUUUUCCAGUUGGCCUGAGCCGACUGGAAAUCUGUCUGGAGGAAAAUAACCCCAACUAUUAAGUUGCCAGGGCUGUUUUCAGUGAGGUUGGUGGAGGAGCACAGAUUAAAGUCCCUGGAAUGCCAAGAGGCCCAAAAACUAGAUCAGAAGAGCUGAUUCUUUUUUGCCACACUGUUAAAGGUCAGUGGAGUUCUGAAAUUACUCUGUGCCACUUGGAAGUACUGUGAAACCUCAUUCACUAGGAUUCUGCUGUCAUUCGCCUGUGCUGGACCGAAGUUUACCUUGACGCUAACUCUGAGGAAAAGGGUUGUCUAACAAAUCUGAUGGCAAAUACAAGGGAAAUAGCAUUAAAGGCCAACAAAAAUGGUUUCAGAUACCACUUCAGCUACGGUGUUUGCAUUCAAACAAUGAAUGUAUUCAUUAAAGUCAUUUACCAAAGCCCUUCUAGAACUCUCCAAGCUACAUACCCCUGCUCUGUCUCCUCCUGUCCCUGCCGGCAGGGUUGCUGUUUGUACUUGAAGGUAAUAAACCUGUAAUCCUUCAAAAAUGGCAUCGAGCUCAGGCUUUUGAGCUGAGUCAGACUCCUCCAUGGCCUCCGUCAGGGCAAAUGAGUGCGUGCGCCUUCAGGCUGGGAUGCGGCCCCAGCACAGAGCUGACGCUUCUGAUGCCCCAGCUCCUGCAGGUGUGGCAAUCCUGCCAGGGCACUUUGCUGGCACAGUAAUAGCUUGAUGUUACAAGAGGAUGUCAGCGGAAGCACGAGGAUAGGACUGGAGUAUCUUUAAGUUGUCUCAGCAGAAGCUUCUAGCACACACUGAAGACCACAGCAGCCCCACGCAGACAGUGUCCUCUGAAUCUCAGGAAAGCCAUGGACGGAAGAUCAAUACAAAGGUUCUUUUCAUUGCCACCAUUCGGUUUUCAGAAAAAGAGGUCUUGAAGAUUUCCUUUAUCCUUUCUUAGGGAAAAAAAAAAAGUGUUUCAUUUGCUGCCAUUUCUGACAAAUUAUUCAGCGUUCUGAGUUCAGAACUGCCUGGGGAGGGCAUCAGCCUUGUGGCAGAACUAUUCCAGAACCAUUCCAACUGUAAUAUCGGCUGAUCCCAUCUGUCCCAGUGACUACUUCCCUCCACUUGUGGGUGUCUGAGAGGGAUUCUGGAAUGGUUCUGCUAUGGGGUCUAUGAAAGCUUAUCUAGCAAAGGAGCAAACACCCGGAAAAAUGUUUAUAAAGCAAAUGCACUCGUUCUGUUUGGAGACUUGCCCGGCUGUUCCAGUUUAAAACAUUAAAAUAAACUGAGUUGCCAAGGCAAAAAUAUAAUGCACAAUUUAAUUUUGAUUUUCCAUGCAGUAUAGCAUUUGCAUUUUUGACUUGAAAUAACCAAAGAACUCCUCCUUGAUGAGACAGUUCACUUUCCUGAAUUAGUAUUUUUCUUUACAAUAUCAACUUAAAGAAUUGACUUCAUAGUAAAAUACUGCACUUAUUUUUUUCCUGAAAUGAUUCUGCCUGCAUGUAUGUGUUGUGUUUUGGCUCCUCCCCGCCCCCCACCACCCUAAAGAACUUUUCUUCCCAAUGGUUUGUCGUCAACACAGUUACUGUUUACUAUCAGAUAGUUUUUCAUUAGUGAAUUUAGACCUCUUUGAGAAAGCUUGUAUAUAAAAAGUUAAAAGAUAUAUUUUAUGGAAAAACCCAUCUUAUUUUCAAAUAUAUUUAACUGCUGUUCUAUUUUAUUAGAGGAAGGUUGUAAAUAUUUUCUAGGAGUUCUAUUGUAAAGAAAAGUAUUUUUGAAAAAAAUUAAUGUAAUAAAAAGGAAAACAUUUUUAAAUAGUGGUUGUGAUUGCUUCCUGUUCUGGCUUCAUUGUGUUCUAUUCGUAGGAAAUGACUUGCAUGCCUUCCCAUUUUAGGAUGUAAUUUAUUCUGGUUUGCACUAUUUUAAGUUGACAUCAUAAUAUCUAAUGUGCUUCACUGUAUUUUCCCCAGAAUGCAGGUCCCCUGGUCCAUAUCAAAAGCACUAUGUAUAGCAUAUUCAUACUUUCUUCUUUUGUAACGUGUGUAUUUUUAAUAAGGAUUUUAUGUAACAUUUUGGCAAAAAGAGGACAGUAUUUUCUAGUGAAUUUUAUAAUAAAUUUUGCUAAAAGUGUUUCUUCCUAGGUCAGUUUUUGUUAAGGCGAACCAAAAGUCUUAUUUUCCCAGGGGUUUAAAAAAAAAGUUUGAAGCUUGAAAGCAAAGUUAUAUUUAAACAUCAUAUGUAACAAAUAAAUAAAGAUGUUUUAUAGACUUGUCCUCAAAAGGUGCAUUCCUUAAAAACAAAAACAACUGGGGCAUUCUAGGUUGGUUUUCCCCCUGAGCGAUGAGCAUUUUAUUUUAAUUGCCACAAUACUUUUUUUUCAGAAAGCAAGCCAGGAGAAUUUUACUUAAAAGGUUCCGGUCAUUAGCCUUCUCAGAAAUUUAUUACAGUUCUUACAGAUAGGCAUUCAUCAAACAGAGAUGUAACCAAGUAGACACUGUCAUAUUUA